AAGAUUCCCACACGGUUAUGUUGACAACCGGCGAAGCUGCUGUGAGUCGUAGCGUUUGACAGCCAGCAGUUUAGCUGAAACAAUUCGUAGAGCUUCGGAAACUAUGGACCACAGGUAGACAGAUAGAUACAAUUGUCCAUGAUGUCAUCAGCCUGUGACACAGCAGGGUGUGGAGGGGGAGGUGGGGGCUCAGAGAUGUCCAACUUUGCCCACGUGAUCUUCCAGAAUGUUGGGAAGAGCUUUCUGCCUCAGACAGCUCUGGAAUGUCGCUACACACUCACACCUUUCAUCACUCCAAACCCAAAAGACUGGGUUGGCAUCUUUAAGGUGGGAUGGAGCAGUGCCCGUGACUACUACACAUUCUUGUGGUCUCCUAUGCCAGAGAACUACACUGAAGCCUCCAGCGUGCAUAGAACUCUUGUCUUCCAGGGUUACUAUGUUCCCCGUAGCGAUGGCGAGUUUUAUCAGUUUUGUUACGUUACCCACACGGGCGAAAUCAGAGGAGCCAGCACUCCCUUCCAGUUCCGUCCAGCCACACCCACUGGGGAGGAGCUUCUGGCUGUGGAGGAUGAUGGGAACUCUGACAUACUGGUGGUUACAACCAAAACUGGCCUUCUGGAGCAGUGUGUGGAGGAGGUGCAGCAGGAAUGCAGGGAGCUGCAGGCAGCGGUGCGUCUCCUCACACAGGAGAGAGACCAGCUCCGGGAGGAGCAAAGAAGACACAGCCAGGAGGUGCAGCAUGGGCUGUGGGAAGAGGCUCAGGCUAGAGUGAGACAGCUGGAGCAGGACCUGCUGGCAGUCACACAGAGAGCUGUGCUCAAAGAGACAGAGCUGGACUGCCUGAGAGACAAGCUGCAGAAGGUGAUGUCUGAGAGGGAUGUCCUGCAGACGCAGCUAAAGAACCAAAGAGAAGAGAGAGAACUCUAUAAAUCCCACAUGCGCAGCGCUGAACUAGAGAACACUAAGCUGAGUGCAGAGCUACAGAUGUUAAAGGCUGUGGAGCUCAACCGUGAGGUGACCAUCGCCCAGUACGAGGAGGAGAUUCACAGACUCCGUGCAGAAAAAAACACACACAUGCACCUGGGGGACACAACUCUGAGGGAGCAGCUGCGUCAGGUGGAGGAGCAGCUCCAGGCCACAGGGCAGCAAGCAGCCAUGCUUGGCUCGGAGCUACGUGACACCACUGCCGGCCGGGACCGCACCAUGGCUGAGCUCCUCCGUGCCCGCCAGGAGGCCGACAUCCUGCGGGCCAGCCUCGGUGAUGCCCACCAGGAGACAAAUACCCUACGUGCCAGCCUGGCCGACACCCACGAGGAGUUCCGGCAGGCCCAGGACCAGCUACAGCAGUUGAAGAGCCAAGCAUUCCAGGAAACAGACAGGACUGUUGGAGGAGUGGGCGUGGCCUCUGAGCUAGAGGCAGAGCUGCAGAAGGAGGUGGAGGAGCUGAAGUUGAGGCUGCACAUGGCUGCAGGACACUACAAGGAGAAGUACAGGGAGUGCCAGCGUCUGCGCAGACAUGUGACCAAGCUCCAGCAGCAGGGGGAGUGCCAGACAAACGACGCAUCUACAGAGACCACUCAGGAGCCAAAAGCAGUCAAUACGGACUCACCUGAGGAGAAAGCUCAGAUAGAGGACUGUGCAGUUGAAGAGGGAGAAAGAGAAAGGGAUGAGGAAGAGGAAGACAAAACAGAAAAGAAUGAUGAAUAUGAAGAGGAGGAGCAUAGCAUGUCAGUGGAGAUGGAGCUGGCACAGAUGGAGGAAAGGUGGAGAGAGCAGUGCACCAUCAAUGAAAACCUGAAACUGCAGCUGGUCAAUGAAGAGCAACGAUUUAAGGCCCUGUUGGAUGCGAAAGACAGAGAGGUGACAGCACUGAGUGAGAGUCUUGCAGAGGUGACCAGAGAGAAGGAGAUUCUUGCCGAUGAGCUUCGAUCAUGCAUGAGCAGGGAGGGGGGGACUGGAGGCCAGAGGUCAGAGGUCAGGGAGCCUGUGUUGUUACAGUAUCCCGUGCCGUAUCCCCAGGACCCACCCCCACUUCCGCUGGUGCCCCAUCACCCUGCUGAGCUGCGGUAUGGAAACCCGUACUCUGCAGAGCAGACACGUGAUGGUGCAGAUGGGGCGCUGUCACCACAACAGACUUGCCAGCUCCCUCCUGUUGCCCUGCCUCUGUGGGCAGGGCCUGUUGUCUGCAGUCAGCCAUCACGAAGUCUUAGCCCCCCUGAUGGUUUGGAGAACCCUACUGAGGAGCGCCCUAGCGGAGGAGAUGGUGAGACCCCAGCAGUCUGUGAACAUCAGAGUCCAGAGUCCAAUGAGAACAGCACUAGCUUCUGCUUUGACACCAGGACUGACGUUCAUAAGCGCUGUCCUCUCUGUGAAGUGAUUUUCCCGCCGCACUUUGAGCAGCGCAGCUUCGAGCGUCACGUGGAGUCCCACUGGCGGGAGUGCCCUGUCUGUUCCGAGCAGUUCCCGCUGGACUGCCAGCAGCGUCUGUACGAGAAACACGUACUCACACACUUCGACGGCAAUGUGCUAAACUUCGACAACUUUGACUAGACCGGAGCAGACCUCCCAAGUCGUCACGUCAUCGCCUGCUUUUAUCACAACCAGACUUCACACAGGAGACAGAGUAGCUUAAAUAUUUGGUUCGGCACUUUUUAAUGAUGUCACUUGGCUGUGUGCUAAUGGUCGCAUGUUUUUGUCAUUACUAGGAUUUACCAAACAGAAUGUUUGUUUGAUUUGCACAUACACAGACGUGUGACUCAGAUGUCCAGACUUGUAAAGGCACAGUAAAUUUUUUACCAGGUGUCAAACUUUAUCCUUUUAACAGAUUACGUUGUUUUUUUUUUUCUUGUUUUGUUUUUUUUGGGGUUAUGUUUGACUAGUUAGAAGGUAUAUGAAGCUGCUAUAAGAUGUGGUUGCACUGUCAACAAUAGUAAAUGAUAGCUAAUGGCUUUAUGUGUAAACAUAAAAAAGAUCGCUAAUGGCUUUACUUUAUGUAUAAACAUGCACUCGAAGAACAGGGGUUUAUUGCUACUCUUUGCCACUCAGUGGAUGUUUUCUGUAUUUGUUUUAUUGAUUUUUAUAUGAUUUAAAAUGAAAAAUGUAAUAACUUCAUUCUAUAUCUCUGGUCUUUAUAGUUUGUUGUGGCGUAUGACAGGAAUACCUGGUUUCACAAGUUUUAGAAGUUAAUGUCAAGGAAAAAAUACCCUAGACAGUCAGGAUUUCCAGUUUUCAUUCCAUUAUAUUUGAAGUGUCCAUAUUGGUUUGAAGGACCAAUAAUUCUAGUUUUACUGUACUACUUACCCUUGCCAAAAAUGAUGAAUAUCAUGAAUAAUGCUUAAGAAUGCUUUUGAAGUUUUGAACAUUGUCAGUCUGAUACUAUAACAAACAGGCUGUACAAUUCAAAUAUCACAUAUUUCCUGAUAAAAGACCAAAAAUCUGUGCCAUACACCAGUGAAUUCUAAAGGUCUUGGGGGGUUUUAUCCUGACAAGACAAAACUGGUGCUUUGAUUUCUAAGCGUGUGUGCUGUUACAUCUCGAUCACUGGCCAGAGUUGUAAUGUACUAUUGUCAGAUCUGAGAUGUGUUGUGAUUAUCUUGCUUCUUCAUUGUCCUCCAGCCACUAUCAGGGAUCGGUAGUGUACAAAAGUUCACAGUAUAUAUGGAUUCUUAAUUCUUAAAGAUAAUGCUAACUUGUAUCCAGAGCUUUGAAUCUUUUUGUCAUCAAUCCUUCCAAUUGAGAUUUAAAACACAUUCUGAAUUUUAGUUCUUGUUUUUAAAGUCUCUGACAGUGGUUCUCUUCCAAGUCCACAUAACCAUUGUGACAUUUAUCAGUGUAGUUUAAUAAUGUAAUGUUUGUCUGUUUAAAAUAUGUCAGGAUAAUCUAUGUUGAUUGCUCUGUGAAUGUGUAACAAGCUUGCUUUAUUUGCUAAUAAAGAUGUCUUCAGGUUCUAUGAAGUGUCA